UCGAUCCGAGGAAGAAGAGAGCGGAAGCAGAAGCUAGCGAUGGAGAUGUUUUUGUUUUGACGGCUGCAGAAUAAUAAUUGUAACAUAUGUAGCAAAAAUGGUUGUUUUAUAGACCUCAACACUUUCAUAUUGACCCGAUUAUAACUGUGAUUUGACCGCGCCCUCCUCAAUAAGUGAACUAACUCCGAGCUAACAGCAGAAAACGAGGAAAAGAGUGAAAAUGAACGCAAGUAGAAGCAAAGACAACGGAGAAGUUAUUAAAAACUACCACAAACAGGCGUUUGAAUACAUCUCCAAGGCGUUGAGGAUCGAUGAAGAUGACACAGGAGAAAAGGAGCAGGCUGUGAUGUGGUACAAGAAGGGGAUUGCUGAGCUUGAAAGGGGAAUAGCUGUAGAGCUGACAGGGCAAGCAGGAGAGCAAUAUGACCGAGCAAAGAGACUUCAGGACAAAAUGGUCAACAAUCUCACCAUGGCUAGAGAUAGGCUUUCCCUGUUAGAGAAAACACUGGCGUCUAAGAGGAGGAGUGACCCCCAGAAGAACUCAAAUCAUGUUCUUCCACAACCAAAGUCUGUACCUAAAAGCCAGCCUGCGGUGCGAGCUGUGUCCACCAACGUCCGGCCCUCCACUGCUGUCAGACCCCCGUCUAAACCCAGUGAUCCAAAGGUGACCCCACGGACGGGAAAAGCUCAAAAUGGAAAACCUUCAGCUGUGAAACAACCCCUAAAGAGGGAUAUGAAAAAUUUCAAGAAUGUGGACAGCAAACUGGCCAACUUGAUUAUAAAUGAAAUUGUUGACAGUGGAGCGUCUGUAUCCUUUGAAGACGUUGCGGGACAGGAACUGGCCAAGCAAGCGCUCCAAGAGAUCGUCAUCCUCCCUGCCUUAAGACCAGAGCUCUUUACUGGCCUGAGGGCUCCGGCACGUGGCUUGCUUUUAUUUGGCCCGCCUGGAAAUGGUAAAACCAUGCUGGCCAAAGCAGUCGCAGCCGAGUCAAAUGCCACAUUCUUCAACAUCAGCGCUGCCAGUUUGACCUCAAAAUAUGUGGGAGAGGGCGAGAAGCUUGUACGAGCACUGUUUGCAGUCGCCAGAGAAUUACAGCCCUCUGUCAUCUUUAUCGAUGAAGUUGACAGCCUGCUCUGUGAAAGAAGGGAGGGAGAACAUGAUGCCUCUCGUCGAUUAAAAACCGAGUUCCUCAUAGAGUUUGACGGGGUGCAGUCCGGAGGAGAUGACAGGGUGCUUGUAAUGGGAGCGACCAACAGGCCUCAGGAGCUCGAUGACGCAGCACUGAGGCGCUUUGCAAAAAGGGUUUAUGUGGCUUUGCCGGAUGAUGAGACAAGAUUCACGCUGCUGAAAAAUCUUUUGGAAAAACAAGGGAGUCCACUGAGCAAAAAUGAGCUCUCUUCUCUUGCCAAAAAAACUGCAGGAUAUUCAGGAAGUGAUCUCACGUCGUUAGCCAAAGAUGCAGCGCUCGGGCCGAUCAGAGAGCUGGGACCAGACGAAGUCCGAAGAAUGGCUGCUAGUGAGAUGCGUAACAUCAAGAUGAAAGACUUUGAGGACUCCCUGAAGCGCAUUAAGCCCAGUGUUAGCCCAACGACUCUUACUCUGUAUACCAAAUGGAACAAAGAUUUUGGCGACACAACAGCCUUUUGAACCUCAAGGUUAAUUUUCACUUAAAAUAAAGUAAAAUAAACAAAAUAAACUAACUUCCUCGGUUUUAAUUUACGGGUACAAGAUGUCAUUAACACGAAUGAGCUUAAAAAUCUGGAACAAACUUUUUGUAGGAUGGCAAAGCAAUAAUGUAUAAAUAUUAUGACAUUUGGGAAUAUUGGUUUGUAUUUCCUGUUUUAUGAGAAUGCCUUGCUAGAAGGGUUUGUAUUUGUGUUUACUUUAUUAUUGCACUCCUUCCUACUUAAAAUUUCAUUAUUUAUUCUUAAGAAUGUCCUUAAAAAUUACAAGUGAUCUUUCUUUUGCCUCGAGGGGGCAGCAAGUUUCUGUAAACCCUGAUUUACACUGAUUUUGAUGAUUUUGCACAUCUAUUCUUUCCCUGACUUAUUGACAUGUUGAUGGUAUUGAUCACCAAGUGCUGUACUUGUACACAUGCAAGAGUGAUGAUAAUUGGGAGAUUUACCUAAUCUGGUGCUUUUGUAUCAUAAAGGUUUUUCCAUUUGGUCUUAUAGUUUGUAGAAACAAAUAUUUGUAUUGUUUUUGAAAGUUGGAGACCCUAAUGAAUUGUUGUGUCGGCCAACUCUUUUUCUUUUUGAGUUAUGAGUUUAGUUUGAAGUAUUUCACUGAGCGGAACUGUAAUAGCUUCCCACUUUCCUCAUGUAUCAAUAAAUACAUUCAUUAAAGCCUCUC